UCCCUUCCUCCCUCUCUCACUCUCUCAGUCUGCUCUCUGCCAGACCCGCUUACAGGGGCUGAUUACUGUGCGUAGCUCCUAAGUGCGUGAAUCUGUGUGUGUGUGUGUGUGUGUGUGUGUUUAGUAUGUGUACGCAUUUUGAAGGAGGCUUAAAAUCUCCCCCACCCUCCCCUUAGUUGGAUCUGACGGUCUUGCAUCUGGCUGCUGCUUCAAGCGUUUACCUGUGUGCCUGUGUGUGUCUGUGUCUGUGUGAGAGAGAGAGAGAGAGGUGGGAGGAGUAACCUGAAGCAGUGAUCAGUCAGUCAGUCUGCCUGUGUGUAUGAAUGUGUGUGCGCUCAAGAUGGGGGUGUGACUGUGCACAUAGUAAUGGGAACGCUACUCUUCAGUGACGGAAUGGAAGGCUAGCGGUUAGCAGCCAGCACUACCUGCUGCUGCUAUCGGUGCAGUAGCCCAAGGAAAGCGGUCAGUCGUGGGAGGAAGUAGUGACCUGGUGGGGACGUGCACGACAGGAUGUCUCUCAAUCGAGUGUCCCUUCUCUGCCAGGACAUCACCAGGAUGUGGCUGCAGCUCAGAAUGAUGACAGAUGAGAUCAUGCAGCAGGAUAGCAGCCCCCUGUGUGCCGCAGACAUCGGCGUGGACCUCAGGAAGCAGUUCGCCUUCCUGUCAGGUGGCCGAGGGGAGAAUGGCAGCCCCAUCAUCAUCUUCCCAGAGUUCCCAACGUUCGGGGAUCUGCAGGAACAAGAGUUCCAUAACGUCCUCACCUACUUGACCAGUGUUCCCAGCCUCUCGGCAGCGGCAGUGGGGUUCAUCUUGGUCAUCGACCGGCGCCAGGACCGGUGGUCGUCAGUGAAGGGGACCCUAUUACGCAUCGCGGGUGCUUUCCCAGGAAACCUGCAGCUUGUCUUGGUAUUGAGGCCAACUACUCUUCUACAGAGGACACUCUCCGACAUCUUCUUUAAGUUCAGCAAAGAUGAGUUCAAAAUGAAGGUGCCGGUUAUAAUGCUCAGCUCGGUCACUGAGCUACACAGCUACAUUGAUCGGACCCAGCUGACCCAGGAGCUGGGUGGGACACAAGAGUACUGUCAUGAGAAGUGGAUCUCCCAUCGGACGGCCAUAGAGGGCUUUGCGUUGAUGGUGAAGAAGACUGCCCAGAUGCUGCAGUCGUUUGGCACAGAGCUGGCCGAAACGGAGCUGCCCAACGACGUGCAGGCCACCGCCAACCUGCUCGGCACACACACCAACAAGAAAGACAAGAUGAAGGAGGACCUAAAGAUCGCCUUGUCCCAGGGCGGACGCCUCCUAGAGAGCAUCAACGAACCACUGGUCAACGACGCCGACUACACGAUGAACCAGGACGAGAUGGAGAAUCUGGCCACUGUGCAGAGGCUGCUGGGUCAACUGGAUGAGACCGAGACGGCGUUUGAUGACUUCUGGGAACGGCACUAUACCAAGCUGCAGCAGUGCCUGCAGCUGCGACACUUCGAGCACAAUUACAGAGAGAUUCGCUCCCAGCUGGACCUGGUCGGAGAAAGACUGGCGAACUUCUCGGAGGUGGGCAUAAGCCCCGCCCAUGCUGAACACAUCCAUAAAGAGCUCACGUGCCACGAAGAGCGCACCUGUGAGGUGCUGGACCGUGCGUUGGCCCUGGCCUCUGAAGGAGACCAGCUGAUCGAGAGCUCCCACUACGCGGUGGACUCCAUCCUGCCCAAGUGCUCGGAGCUGCGCUCCAUCAGCGAGGAGAUCGGCUCCGUCAUGAGGGCCAAGAAGACCCAUCUCCUCAAGGCCCUAGAGCUGCACCAGAGUCUGGAGAAGGCCGCUAGGUGGUGUGACAGUGGCAUCUACCUGCUGGCCUCUCAGCCGGUGGACAAAUGUCAGUCGCAGGACGGCGCUGAGUCGGCGCUGCAGGAGCUGGAGCGCUACCUGGAGACGGCCAAUCACCACAAGCUGACCGACCCCGCCUCCAUCUGGAGGGACUACGAGAGCGUGCUCAACGCGGAGUUCAGGGAGCAGGUGGAGAAGGUCCUGCAGAAGCAGGUGUCCAUGCAGGAGAUGUUCGAUAAGCGGCGGGUCAGCCUGAAGAAGCUGGCCGCCAAGCAGACGCGACCUGUACAGCCGGUGGCCCCAAGGCCCGAGGCCUUCCCCAAAUCCCCCAUGUCCUCUCCAGCUCACAGAAGCCAGGAGAAGAACAGCUCUGAUGGAGAAAUCCUGAGUGGUUGCAAGAAGGGGGACCCCAGCCUGCCCAAUGGGACCAACAGCAGACCCCCGUCUCUGUCCGAGGAGGAGGAGAACCUCGCCGUGCUCAGGAGGCAUGUGAUGAACGAGCUGCUAGAGACGGAGAGGGCAUACGUGGAGGAGCUGCUGUGUGUCCUACAGGGCUAUGCCGCGGAGAUGGACAGCCCAGCCAUGGCUCAUCUGAUGCCCAAUACGCUGGUCAAUAAGAAGGACAUCCUGUUUGGCAACAUGCAUGAGAUCUACCAAUUUCACAAACGGACGUUUCUUCGAGAGUUGGAGGCGUACACAGACUGCCCUGAACUUGUGGGCCGCUGCUUCCUGGAGAGAAUGGCGGAUUUGCAGAUCUAUGAGAAGUACUGCCAGAACAAACCCCGUUCUGAGAGCCUGUGGAGGCAAUGCUCCGACUGCACCUUCUUCCAGGAAUGCCAAAAGAAGCUGGAGCACAAGCUGGGCUUGGACUCGUACCUGCUGAAGCCAGUGCAGAGGAUCACAAAAUACCAGCUCUUACUGAAGGAGAUGCUGAAAUACAGCAAAGGCUGCGAGGGCUCCGAGGACCUGCAGGAGGCGCUCUCGUCCAUCCUGGGCAUCCUGAAGGCUGUUAACGACUCCAUGCACCUCAUUGCCAUCACUGGUUAUGAGGGCAACCUCAGUGACCUGGGCAAGCUGAUGAUGCAAGGCUCCUUCAGCGUGUGGACAGAGCACAAGAAGGGCCAUGCCAAGGUGAAGGACCUGGCGCGCUUCAAGCCCAUGCAGAGGCACCUGUUCCUGCACGAGAAGGCCCUGCUCUUCUGCAAGAGACGGGAGGAGAACGGGGAGGGCUACGAGAAGGCCCCCUCCUACAGCUUCAAGCACUCGCUCAAUAUGAGUGCGGUGGGGAUCACCGAGAAUGCCAAAGGAGACCAGAAGAAGUUUGAGAUCUGGUGCAACUCCAGAGAGGAGGUCUACAUUGUGCAGGCUCCAACGGCAGAGAUCAAAACAACAUGGGUUAAUGAGAUCCGAAAAGUUCUAACAGAGCAGCUGAGGGCCUGCAGAGGCCUAUCUCUCCGUUCCCUCGCUGCGUCAGAUGCAAGACAGCAGAAGCCUUCAGAAACAGCGUCUCCUUCGCCUGCGGUCAGCAACGGAUCUAUCAGUCUGAGCCCUUUCAGGAGCAGUCAAAAGAGCUUCAAGAAAGCUGAGGAGAAGAAGGCGGAGCCUGGCGCGGCCGAGUCUGGUUCCCCUAAGGCCACAGACAAGGCUAAAGAGGACACGGUCACCAGUCCCACUACAGAUCGGGCCGCGGCAGCUAAAAAGCGCUUUACGCUGCAGGGAUUCAGCAACCUCAAGAGCCAGAAAGACCUGCUAUCUUCACAAGAGGGGAGAAGUCAGACCCUCCCCAUGGCCAUUCUCUGCCCACCAGGAUCUCCCCCUAGUCCCGACCACAAAACCAAACGGCAUGAGAUUAAGAGUGACCCAACUCCAUUUGGCUUUAGAGACACAGGUCCUCCCAUAGGCCUGAGCCGAGUGCGGUGGCUGAGUACGUCCAGCCUCCUACAGGCCAAGCGGCGAGGCUGGACGAAGGCGUCCCUCUCCAUGGAUGCCUCGGAGGAGCAUGAUGGGUACUCAAGUGCUGAGGACCCCUUGAACUCUGACCCCGAGGAUGAGGGGGUCAAGAAACUUGCCCCAGGCAAGUACGUGGUGGUGGCCGACUAUGAGAAAGACCUGUGUGUGAAGAGUGGCGACACGGUCCAGCUGGUGAAGGAGGGAGAUGAUGGACAGUGGUUUGUCAAAAACCUCAAGACCAACAAAGAAGGCUGGGUACCGGCUGCUAACCUCCUUACAUUAAUAGGAGAGUCAAAAUCCACACAAUCUCUCACGAGCUCAGAGGGAAGUGGUUCGGGGAAUCUGAGUACAUCCUCUAGCUGCAGUGAGACCUACACAAGCUUCUCUGACAUCAAGCCCUGAGGCCUGCUGAGAGCCUGCACUGCAGCGCCCUCCUCUGGCCUCUCGUAUGUGUGCAGCAUUUCUCUGCUGUGACUGCUGAGCUUUUCGCAGUAGUGGAGUUGCAGAAUAUUAUUUCCUGGUGCAGUGGGUCGUCCUCAGCUGUUCUCGGUGUGACUGGAUCACUCUGAGUUCACAACUCACCCUCUCUUGGACUCUUAGAGAGAGAGGGAGGGGGGGGGGGGCUGCAUUCAUCACAAGAGACAGCUCUUCCUGAAAGUAUUCUUUCCAAAUGCUGGUUUUACUGGUCCAUUUUUAUUUCCCCUAUACUAUGAAUAAAAUGUAUUUUUUAUUUUCUUCCAUCUUGGGAACAUAAAAGUGUACAUUUAGAUGUUCUCUAGUUGGGAAGGAGUCCGAGAGUCCGUAAGUGUUACUUUGACAGUGAGUGUAGAAUGAACUCUUCAUUUGUCUCUCUCCACUAUGUAUCCACUGCACAGAAGUAAAAAGAUCACCAACUAUGUGUCACAUCAGAGGUCCGACAUCUUUGACUCGUUGUUCAGUCCUGAGUGAAAUUUUCACAAAACUAGAGCUCUUUUGCCAAUAUAUGUGGAGACAGUUGUGUGUUUUGGAACACUGCGAAGACUGUGGCGUCAUGUUCAGUCUCUUAUUGAAAAUACUGUGAGCAGUCUCUGUUUCUUGUACGUAUUAAUGAUGAAAAUGUGUAAAAGUUAAAUUAUUUACUGCAAUAAGAAUAAAAAUUGUACAGAUAUUUUGAAUUUUACCUCAUUUUCCCAUGAAAACAUUAUAAAUAUAUAAAUAUAUAUUGUAUAUUGAGAUCACAAUGGUUAUGUUCUCAUGAAUCAUUGUCUUUAUUUGAGUUUCUACGUUGUACUGUAAAUCCCAUUUUCCAUGUCUUCACAUAAAUUUGUAAUCUGUCUACAGAUUAUUUUUCCAGAAAUCUCAUCAUCGGAAGAAAUUUAAAUCUACAAUACAUUAUUUUUUAAAAAUACUUAAAUAAUCUAAGCAUGCAGCAACAAUCUGAAUAUUUUAAAUGUAGGAAAUGUUUUUAAAAUACAACCAGCAGGUUAUCCAAGUCCUCUUAACCCUGAACCUGGCCCUUAACCCUGAAUCUGAACAAAGGCCGUCUAAGUCAUUUGGAAAACAUUUAGUUUAUACAUCAAACAUUUUUAUUUCAUUGGGUUUUUCACCAAGAGGUAUUGUGUUACUGUGUACCACAAUGGAUGCAGUACAUUGCUGCAUGUGUCUGUUUUCCAUGAUGCAUACAUGUUUAUGUAUAUGUGUAAAUAUGUAUUUAAGACGUUGAGAUGUAUGAAGAGAAAUUAAGCUUGAAUAAAGUCCACAGAAAAAUUAUACUAA